AUGGAUGAGUGGUAUACAGCGGAAUCGGACUCAGAAGACAUCGCUGCAGCUAUUCGUGAGGACGGACAAGAGGCAACUUUUGACGAGGAGGAGGAUCCCAAGUGUCCCCCGAUCCAAUUCUCGGCUGCUGAGGAGCGGCUAUUCUGCAUAGACCUCCGAUCUGCUUUGGUGGUCAAAGCUCUUGGCCGGUCAGUGUCAUAUACCGCCAUGUCUCUCCGCCUCAAUGCAAUAUGGGCGAAGGCGGGGGGUAUCCAAGUUACCUCGAUGAAGAAAGGCUACUUCCUGAUCCGCUUUACAAGUGGUCUUGAUUAUGAACGAGCCAUAACCGGUGGACCAUGGAUGAUUGGACAGAGCUAUCUCACUGUCCAUAUGUGGGAUAAAUACUUCGACCCGUAUGACCACGAGAUAUCAUCCACGGUGGUUUGGGCGCGCCUCCUGGAACUCCCAAUCCAAUACUUUCACCAAGAAGCGAUGAUGAAAAUUGGGCGGCGCAUGGGCAAACCGAUACGUAUCGAUGCCGCCACACGUACAAAAGCUCGAAGUGACUACGCCAGAGUGUGUGUCCAGGUCGAUCUCACCAAACCCCUCCUAUCGCAGUUUACAAUCAACGGGAAAAAAUACUUCAUCCAAUACGAGGGUUUGGACAAAAUUUGCCUAAACUGUGGUACGUACUCAGAGUUAGGUGCAUGCCCAUGCACGAAGACCCCAACCCCGAUGGAUGACGACAGCCAUGUGGGGGUGAACCAGACGCCGGUGGAUGAACCGCAACGGGAUGCUCUUUACGGUGAAUGGAUGAUAGCGAAACGCAAACCGAGACAGCCUAGCAGGGAGCAGCCCACCCGCACCAAUAAAGAGGGAGGCCACAUGCCGCAGGGAAAAGGGCAACCUCGCAACUCAGCCCAGGGGUCCCGCUUCGACGUGCUGCGAGGAGACGACAUGCAGGAGAACUCGAUUGAUCAACCAGCCCCCGUUGGCGGAGUAGCAAUCGAGGAGAAGACACCCAACACCCAUGUAAAUCUCAAAAACAAAUCGAAGGCUUUGGAUGUUGGGACCAAUCAUGCGGCCCCCAUGCAGACGAUCCCACUCGAGAGGGCUUCUUCGCUCCGAGGGCCUAGCAUUGAGUGCCAGCAGCCUAAGACACCACGAAGCGCCCCUCUAAAUGUUUCAUCCACCGCGGAUGAUUCGGAAACGGCCACGAAUCCCAUUCCAGCUGCCCUAGUCUCCGAGGGCCGCAAAGUGCCACCAGAUGAUAAUGGUUUACCCAAGGGCCCUCGCAAGGCCCAUAGUGGUGAAACGAGGAAUGUCUCGACGACGAGCAUCGACGGGAGCACCCCGUCGGCGAAUUAA